AUGUGUGGCAAAUUUGACCUAUGGAUCCCCCGCAGCCCCCUCCCGCAGCAGCUGCGUUUACACAGGCGCCGCACGGGCCUCAAGCUCACAGGGAUCGGCCUAGACUCACUGGGAAGACAAGACAAAAUGGGGAUCUCUGCUGUGCUCUGCCUCUGUGCUGCGUCGCUGGCUGUGGCCGGUAAAGGAAUAGAAGGGGCUGGUGUGGUCCGCUCUCUGGUCUUCAGCGCUGAGUCGAGCACUGACUACGUGACUGUGACUCCUCAGAAGCCCCUGAGUCUGGGCGCCUUCACUCUGUGUCUGAGACUGGCCACGGAGCUGCGUCACACCAGGAGAGAGAUCAUUCUGUUCGCCUACAGGACCCAGAACUUCGACGAGCUCAACCUGUGGAGGGAGUAUGACGGAAGAAUCGGCCUGUACAUGAGCAGCGCCGGCGGCGUAAUCUUUGAGAUGCCGACGCUGGGGGCGCUGCAGACUCACCUGUGCAUCAGCUGGGAGUCCUCCAGCGGAGCCACCACCGUGUUCUUCGACGGCAGGAGAAGCCUGACCAAGAUCUACCAGAAAAACCACCACGUCCGCAGCGGAGGCAUCGUCAUCAUCGGCCAAGACCCCGACGACUACCUGGGCAGCUUCGAUUACGAUCAGAGUUUUGUUGGAGAAAUAUCCGACAUCAACUUGUGGAGCAAAGUUCUCCCGGAUAACGUCAUCAGAGAAAUGGCGAAUACUGGAAAAACGUCUCAAAAUGGCGACGUGAUUGACUGGAGCGAGGCCAACUUAGAAACCACCGGACGAGUUGAUAUAGUCCAGAGAGUGUUGGAGUCUAGUGAGAAGAGAUGA